AAUUCAAUAAGUAAUACGCGAUCUCUCCUCUUAGUUUACAUAUACCUACGUACCCCUAUUUUAAUUACAUACGCCAAUACACCUCAGCAAAGCCACGAGAGCUCUAUUACACUAUCUAACCUAUCAUACAACGUUAAUUCAUAAAUAUAAUCAACUUGACGAUACUAUGGCGAGUUCCCUGGCACAAUUGGGGGUCCAGUACAUGCCGUCAACUGGGGGCUGCAUGCUGGAUUUGGCCGCCAUACCCUCCCACCUGUUCAGCUCUUGCGGCGCUAUUCACAUUCGCAUCCCAGAAGCUCAGCACCACGUCGAGGUUAACUCGAACAUGGUCUGCAUUAAGCCCAGCCAGCCGGCUCCGGGUCCGGGUGCUGCUAUCUACCGAGAACAGUAUAUGUAUCCGAAUGUGGUGGUACCAACAGAUCUUUCUCAUGCAUCGCCGAAGAACCACAAGCAACAGCCACCUUCAUUCAAUGCCCCAGAAACUUCCGUACAUCACCCCGUGCCAGAGCCGGAUAACAGUAAGCCCGCGAGCGCUAAUACACCGAAUGACUCCCAUAAGGACACUGUGCCGAGCUUACAGACGUUUGUUAAGACGGCACAUUGGUCUACUCUAACUACUACGCAUACCGCUUCGCCAUCCCCCCGUCCCCAGCUCCCACCCAGUACCAGCCCGCCCCGCCGGCACACUCCCCCCAUUCCCCGACCCGGAUCCGGAACUCGACGACAGCACCCCCGCCGAGUACUGCCGCGGGACGUACUUCAAAACAGACGUCACGCACAUCCCAGCCCUCGACCCGCACGACCUCGACGCGUACCUCAGCCUCCUCGGCCUAGACGACCUGGGCCUGACGCUAGACCUCGAGCACGGAAUCGCAGGGCUAGCGGCGUCGCUGCUGCUGCUGCUGCUCAGCGGCAGUAGCGCCGUCGACGAUGACGACGCGACGCGCGGGGUCUGGCGGGAGCUGGAGCGGUCGUAUCGCGUGAGGUGCGGGGUUUCGGUGCAGGGGCUGUGGAGCAGCAGCAGUAGUGGUAGUGGUAGUGGUAGUGGUAGUGGUAGUGGUAGUGGUAGUGGUAGUGGUAGUGGUAGUGGUGGU